AUGGCGCCUUCUCUUGAGGCCCCAGAGGCUGUAGACGACGUCCUCGCCAAUCCGAUCAAACAGAAGCCGCAACUAGUUGCGCCAGAGCCUCAGAACUGUGUUGGCCCCGAUUCAGAGCAAGCCGGUAAAGCGGACGCAUGCGCCGGGUGUCCAAACCAGGCCAUCUGCGCAUCAGCGCCCAAGGGACCGGACCCUGAUAUCCCUAUCAUCUCGGCGCGUCUGGAGAAUGUCAAGCACAAAAUCCUAGUACUGAGCGGAAAGGGCGGUGUCGGAAAGAGUACAUUUACAUCUCUAUUGGCACACGCCUUCGCGACAAAUCCAGACAGCACCGUGGGUAUCAUGGACACUGAUAUCUGUGGACCCAGUAUCCCCAAGAUGAUGGGCGUGGAGGGCGAGACUGUGCAUGUCAGUGGUACAGGUUGGUCCCCUAUCUGGGUCAUGGACAAUCUCUCGGUCAUGAGUAUUCAGUUUCUACUGCCCAACCGGGAUGACGCUGUCAUUUGGCGGGGACCCAAGAAGAACGGUCUGAUCAAGCAAUUUCUCAAGGAUGUGGAAUGGGGUGACCUUGACUUUUUACUUGUCGACACACCACCAGGCACAAGCGAUGAGCAUCUCAGUGUGAACUCAUUCCUGAAGGAGAGUGGGAUCGAUGGUGCUGUCAUGGUCACCACACCACAGGAGGUAUCACUUUUGGAUGUAAGAAAAGAGAUCGACUUCUGCCGUAAAGCCGGAAUAAGGGUGCUAGGUCUUGCAGAGAACAUGAGCGGCUUCGUCUGUCCCAAGUGUUCAACCGAAAGUCAGAUCUUUAAAGCAAGUACAGGAGGAGGACGUGCGCUGGCUGAAGAGAUGGGCAUUCCCUUCUUGGGAUCAGUGCCCUUGGACCCUAGAAUCAGGAUGGCAUGUGAUUACGGAGAGAGUUACUUCGACUCAUUCCCAGAUAGCCCCGCCUGCAUUGCGUUUCAAGGAGUUGUCAAGAAUGUUGCGAUGCAGUUGGGAUUAAACACCCAGGAUGUGCUGCCGGAUGAGUAG